CUUGUAGCAAGAACGCAGAUUCCCGUCUUCCUAACAAACCACCGUCGUCCAUGGCGAGUACCUCAAAUCCAUGGUUCAGAGAAAAGAACCUCCAUAAAGCAAAAAUCGCCAUUGAAGUCGGCCGCUUCGGUGACUCGGUCCAGUUCAUGAUGGAGAUCGUCAAAUCCGUUGUCCCAUGGACCGAGCUCUCCCUUUCUGAGCGCAAUUUCCUCUACACCGUCCUGAUGAAAUUCUUCGAAGAACUCCGCCAAGCCUUGAACGACCACAAUUUCCGGUCCUUGGAUUCGGACGGCGUCCAAUCCGAAGUUGCGAAAUUCUACUCGAACGAUAUUAAGGAGCAGAUGAUUGACGCCUGCAAAGAGAUGAAGCAGUUUAUCUACCGCUGGCUUGUCCUCUCCUCCCGAUCUGCCGAGGCUACUGUUUUUUAUCUUACCCUUAACGUCGAUGUGAGCUGCUACCUUGUGGAGCUCCAGGACGAUGAAGAUGUGCAGACAAUGGGCAAUGCGGUGAUCCAAGCUUAUAAGGAAGCCAAGGGGGUGGCGAAGACGAGGCUGUCGUGGGCGAGUCCGGCACGUUUGAGGCUGGCACUGCAUAUGGCGGAGUUCUAUACAGAGAUCCUGCAGACGCCUGAGAAGGGCGUGAAGAUUGCGAAAAAGGCUUUGGCGAGAGCAGAUGCGGUCACCAGUACUGUUAGCGAAGAAGAAUUACUUAAUGAAAUAAAUGAGCUGAAGUCAAAACUCCGUGAAUACGUUCUCCUUUGGACAAAUGAUGAGGUGAGUUUUAGAUCAGUAUGA